CGGCGUCGCACUUUGACGGAAGACAUGCCAGUAUACGCAUGACACAAAAUACUACGCAAGAAAUACUUGCUUUUAAAAUCUGUUAUGAAGCAAGAGAAUCUCCAUCCAAUUUGGCGACCCGUUAUGCAACCGCCACAACUCUAACGCAGAAGGAAGGAAACGAGACACAUAUAGAGAUUCGAGAAGGAGACUAAGUAGCGACUGAGGCAAAUGAGCAGCUAGUUAUUUCCUGGAUGAUAGCGAUGUAUAUAAUAGUGCGUCUAUGAUGGCAUUCGUGAGACGGCGAAGUACGAAAUGACUCGAGGGAUUUUGUAUGUGGCA